AUGCAAGAGAGGAUAGACCAUCUACAGCAAGAACUCCGUGAAAAAAACGGUGCAAGUAAAGAGCCACCUACUCCGCUAAUCUCGACUCCUUUCACCGACGACGUCAUGAACACGCAUUACCCGCAAGAUCUCAGGAUCCCGAUGAUGCGAACAUACAUCGGGCGGUCCGACCCUCAAGAACACAUCGAUAUGUAUUACGGCAACAUGUUGAUGUUAGGAGUAAACGACGCAGUCAUAUGCAGGGCCUUCUUCGCCACUUUGGCUGGAAAAGCGGCCGAGUGGUUUAGAAAGUUGGAGCCACGGUCGGUUGGAAAUUUCAGCCAGCUAGCUGACAAAUUUGUGAGACGGUUCGCAGUCAACAGAUUGAAAAAGAAGCCAUACACCUAUCUUAAUCCAGUCAAGCAGGACGUGGGAGAAGCCUUGUCCGUUUUCUUACAAAGGUGGGAUCGUGAGGUCGAACAGGUAGAGCCAAUGGAAGAUCAGGCGGCAAUCCACGCCUUCCUGACGUCACUUCGCUCCGGGGCACUCUAUUACGACCUCAUUGUUAAUCCCCCCAAGACCUACGAGGAAGCAAUCACCCGGGCCAGACACCAUGCCGAUGCCACAGAGGCUAACUUGGCCAAGAGACGGGACGAGCAGCCGGUCAGUUGGGAUAGAAAUCAUGACCCAAGGAGGGACCGACAACGUUUCAAGCAACGUGGUCGACCGGAAGACGGACCGCGAUUCACUCCAUUAACCAGACCCCUAGUGGAAGUUUUACAGUAUGCCGAACAGUGCAACUUGGUCCACCCGCCCGAACCAAUACCUGAAAGAACAAACAAGAACAAGUAUUGUGCUUUCCACAAGACCAAAGGCCAUGAUACGGCGGAAUGCAUAGCCCUACGCCUGGUGAUUGAACAACUCAUUCAGAAUGGAGAGUUGGAUCAGUUCGUGAAAAAGAACGAACGAGACAAGGAGAAGUUCAAGAAAAACGUGUGGAAAAGGAACCCCAAAGAGCAAUCUAAGGCACCCGGUCUGCAUGGGUCAUCUGACGAUAAGGCGACCGGAAAGAAACCUGUAUUCAACGUCAUCUACGGAGGCCCAGAAGGCGGAGCCUCUUCACGUCAAAGGAAGCAAUGGGCAAGAAAUUUGUAUGUCGGGUGGGUCCACUCGGAACCCCGGGAGAAAAAGAAGCGUGUAGAGCCGAUUUUCUUCACAGAUGAAGAUCUUCCCAUGCAUGGGGAAGCCCAUAGUGACUCACUUGUCGUCACGAUGGACAUUAAUGGGACGGAUGUCCAGCGAGUGCUAGUUGACACAGGAAGUUCGGUGAACAUCUUGUACUUCGACGUUUUCACCCGGUUGGGUCUGACGACCGACCAGCUGACUCCUAUUCGGACCCCGCUAUCAGGUUUCACCGGCAACUCCAUAGAGGCAGAGGGAGUCAUCAGUUUGAAUGUGGAAUUAGGCAUCCAGCCGAAUAUCUUGAGGACUAUCAUGGAAUUUGUGGUGGUCAAAUUAAAAUGUGUUCACAACGCAAUACUCGGUCGACCGGGUAUCUCCCAAGCGGCCGCCGUCAUAUCAAUGAACCACCUAUGCAUGAAAUUCCACACGCCAAACGGGAUCGGAGUGGUUCGUGGAGACCAGCGAGCUUCCCGUCAGUGCUACGUACAAUCAGUCAAGCAGUCCGACCGCGAAGAUGCUAGGAUCCAUACCAUAUCCCAGCAAGUUGAUGGAGGUGAAGAAAGGGAAAGGCCACAACCAGCUUCAGAGAUAGAAGAGAUCACGCUUGACCCUAGCCGGCCGGAGCGAGUAGUCGGGAUUGGCUGGAACCUACCGGUCGGUCUACGGGAAGACAUCAUCAGAGUAUUGCAGAAAUUCAAAAAUGUCUUUGCUUGGGGACCUGAGGACAUGCCUGGUGUCGACCGUCAGUCAUAUGUCAUCGGUUAUCCAUCCAACCAGGCUUCAAGCCAGUCAAGCAGAGGAAGAGACAUCUAUCAAGUGAAAGAAGAGAAUUCGUGA